CUUCUGCAAUGUCAAGUUGUUUAUUUUUUUUGUUUAUUUUCGAGCUGGUUUGCUAAAGACGCUAAUGUAGCUAACAAUAAACAACGACUAGCCAAUUUCAUGACACAAUCACAAAGUCGCACGAGAACGCCAAGUGACGUAAAAAUGCUCGGAAAUGACCGGAAAUGACGGCUCGGAAGGCUGGUGUCCGAGUAUUCAGGAACACACCAUCACAAUACACACCCCCAAGUGUCCGUCGGCCCGGUGUACACAACAAAGUAAAAUAUGUUAAUAAACAUGUCACCGUGCAACUCCACAAUGGAAGAUGAGCUUUCGUCCAUAAUGGACGCACUGGCGAAAGCUGCCGUAUCUGAAAUUACCAAGCUGUUCUCGGAAGGCUCGGCUACCCUUCGCUUACAAAUAACUCGGAGCCUGAAAGAAAAGGAAGCGAUGAAGACGAGGAUGAAGGUGAUGAGGAGGGAGCUGUUUUCUUUGCGGCUUCAAACUAGAUCAAAUGCAUCGCGUGCGGCAAGUCGUUUGGCCCUGGCUCGAGCGAACAUCUGCCGGCCACGGACUAAACCACUGGGGAUUGAAGACUGCGAGGACUUUGGAGACCGCAGCACACAGCGUGGCGCCAUCUCUGAGAGUCUACACGCCCCUGGCUCCUCCCACUUGUCCAGUCACAGCGAGGAGCCGAGGAUCCUGGGCAUCCAUGGAGAAGGGGAGGGCUCACUGGUGGUGGACGGCCAUGACGCCCUCUUCACUGCGUCCGAAGUGGAGGCCCUGAGCCCGCUGUCUGCGGACCACAGAGUGGCCAAGAGCCUGGAGCGUGGCGAGCGGUUGGUCUGCCGCGAGGAGCUGACUGUGCAGCAGACCCCAGACACCAUUUUAAUCAAGGAUGAAGAGGAUAUUGGUGGAGCCAUGCCCGCUCUAGAAGACUGCGAUGACUUUGAAGACCGCAGCACAAAGCGCGGCGCCACCUCGGAUAGUCUGCAUGUGGACGCCCCUGGCUCCUCCCACAUGUCAAGUCACAGCGAGGAGCUGCGGAUCCUGAGCGUCGCUGGAAAAGGGGAGGGCCCACUGGCGGUGGACGGCCAUGACACCCUGUUCAGCGCGUCCGAUCUUGAGGCCCGAAACUCGCUCCCUGCGGACCACAGCGUGGCCAAGAGCCUGGAGCGCGGCGAGUGGCUCGUCCACCUUGAGGAGCUGACUGAGCAUCGGAGCGGCCGCAAGGGCCGGCCCUGUGUCUUGUUUGGCAAGGGUUUUCCCGACAAUACCAAGAAGACCAUCCCAAUGAUUACCCACACCGGCGAGAAGCCAUACGGGUGCUACCAAUGCACGAAGCGCUUCCAAAAGAAAGCCAAUCUGAAGGCCCACAUGAGGACUCACUCGGGGGAGAAGCCCUACAGCUGUGACCAAUGCAUGAAGCGCUUCGGACGGAGCUCCCACCUGAAGCGCCACAUGAGCACUCACUCCCUACAGGUGAAGUCCUACAGGUGUGACCAAUGCAUGAAGAGCUUCGGUACCAGCUCUCACCUGAAGGUCCACUUGAGGAUUCACUCCGGGGAGAAGCCCUACAGGUGUAACCAAUGCAUGAAGAGCUUCAGCGUAAGCUCUCAGCUGAAGAUCCACAUCAGGACUCACUCCGGGGAGAAGCCCUGCGUGUGUCUGCAGUGCAACGCCAGCUUCGGCGACCCUAGCCAUUUGGCUAGGCACAUGCUCAAGCACAGAGGCAAUGAGGUGCUUUGACACGGAGCAAGGGGACGCUUUGAUUGACACCUCUAUCUUGUAUCGGUUGAAAUGACUGCUGUAUUUUUUUUAUUUUUUAACGCUUUCCAACUUUUGAUUCGUCUGUGUGAUGAAGAAUAACUUGAUCAUGCGAAGCGCAUACAUUCAGUGGGACAAUGAGUGACCAUGAUUCUUUCACAUCGUGGGUUAAUACAAAUUUUGACUGUAUACAAAUUUGUGCUCCAUAGUCACCAUAAGUAUUUAGCCAAUGGGAUGUCCCUGAAUGAGCAUGUGACAUAGAGGCGAGUUCACCAAGCUGCCGAAAGAGCUGUGAACCUAUGCAGUCCAGACAGCUGCUAUAGUGAGGAACGGACUGCACAAAGCAGACCCUUACUUACGGCUGAAAGGGAAACAACCUUGACCAGGAUGCAUUAGUUUGGUUCAGAGUGCUAUACUCACAAACAGGACAAGAAAAUUAGACUCAAGGUGUGAAAAGUGAUUUUUUGUCUGCUAUGACAAGAACAGUUCAGCCUAUAUUGGUUGAAAAGUGCAGAAGCAUAGACUGGUGAAGUUUGUCAACCAAACAAACACAGAGCGGCAGACACAGCGACUGACAUGGCAGCUGUCAAUGAUGAUUCUGAGCUGCAGAAUAGAACUUACUAUGCCAGGAAAAAUACUGAUGUGAGUCGAGCCCAUACACAGGACAACGUGCCAGUUACUAUGCCUGAAGUACACAGCCAGACACAGACACUUCAGCACAAGCGUUACCCUUCAAGAGAGAGGAAGAAACCAGAUUACUUGAGUGAAUAUGUGUCAGGCGAUAAUGAGA